AAAAUGAAAGAUGGGCCAAGAUAGAGCCGAAGUGUGCAGUGCGCGAAGGCGUGUGGCUAGGAAGAAGGGAAAGCACGUGUGUGAAGUAAACAAACCACCAGCUUCCUCCUGCUGCAGGCGGCUACAGGAUGAAGACCCUCAUCCCUAGCAUUGAAGAUGCGCCAGACUCGGAUGACUCUGGGGAUGAAAUUCCUCCCGGCGGAGUGUUUGGCCUUGCAGGUGUGGAGGAGGAGGAGGAAGGGGAUGGGGAGGGAGAGGGGGAGGGGGAGGGGGAUGCAGACAGGGACGGUGGCAGCAGCAGUGACUUUCCAGAUGAGCACAAUGGCAACGAGGCGCUGGAUGGAGAUGCAUAUGGUGAAGAUUAUGAGAGUGACAGCAACAGUGACAGUGACAGUGUCUACAGCAGCCCCAGCAGCAGCAGCAACUCAGAUGAGGAGGAGAACGUGAAGCUGACUGAGCUGUUUGGAUUAACCGACAAUCCUGAGGCGAACCGUGAGCGGCCACCAGAUCUCAAGAUGGACUCGAUGAUCAUGGAUGUGUGCUUCCACCCAGAGGCAGAUCUCUUCUCCCUCGCUUCCAUCGAUGGUGAGGUGGUCAUUUAUCGGUACAACAAGGAGGUGACAGAGGAAAUGACCCGCUUCUCCCACCACAAAAUGUCGUGCCGUGCUGUCUGCUACAAUGAGAACGGCUCCCUGCUGUACACCACCAGCAAGGACAAGUCACUGGCCGUGCUGGACAUGGGUUCCUCAGCUGUGAAGCAACACAUAUGGGAGGCACACGAAGCGCCCAUAUCCAGCUUCUUCCUUGUGGAUGAGAACAUGUGUGCCACAGGGGAUGACGAGGGCACGGUGAAGCUCUGGGACAUGAGAAAGAGGAAGGCAGUGUUCAAGUUUAAGUGUGGAGAGGAGGCAGUCAUGUCACUCAUUGGGGAUGAGUCGCAUAAGAUGUUAGUGGCGGCAGUUGGCGAUGGCUCUCUCAACACCUUCGACAUGAGGAAGAGAGCCCUCGAGGUGCAGUCAGAGAUGUACAAGAGUGAGAUGACCUCCCUGGCACUGGUCCGCAAUGGAAGCAGACUGGUGGCCGGCACUGGGGAGGGCACCAUGUACAUCUUCAAGUGGGGCGAGUUUGCACACCACAUUGACCAGUUCCCCGGACACAAGGGAAUGAUCAACUGUAUUGUUCCCCUCACUGACAACUUGCUUGUGACUGGCUGUGAGGACACCAACAUCAGAGCGGUGCAGAUGUACCCACACCGAUUUGUUGGCGUGGUGGGUGAGCAUGAUGACUUUGGGGUGGACAACCUCUCCGUAUCACAUGAUGGCACGUUGCUGGCAAGCUGCGCCUCAGAGGAGGUGGUGCACUUCUGGAAUAUUGAGUACCUCUAUGACCUGGACAACGAGGAGAGUAAGAAGGGCAGCAAGAAGCGCAAGAGGAACUACAACCUCCCCUCAUCCAAGCGGCGAAACCGUUGUGACUUCUUCAGUGACAUUCCUGAGGUGGCAGACUCUGAUGAUGAGGGGGGUCCCGUGGCCGGCCCAUCCCACACCUCAGACUAAGAGAACCAGACCAACUGUGACCGGCCAAGGGAAUAGAGUGACAGAUGGAUACUGGUUAGUGAGAUGGUACAGAGUGGCCUCCAAAUCUGGUGGUGUGUGUCUUGGCCGGUGCAGUUAUUGCCUGAUGGAAUAGUUAAUGGGGUGAUUGGGAAGUGAAGUUGUUGGUUACUUAGCCUGUGGAAUAACAGCUCAGUGGAAUAAUGGGCAAGAACUGAUUGGCAGAUCCAGAUUUGUGAUGACUUGGGUGGAAUGAUUGCCCACCCAGUAGAAUGAACACAUAGGUUACUCAGAGAUGUCCAGCAAAGUGAGCCACUAGACUGAAAGGGAAGUUUUUUACUCCACCACAUUCUUCAUCAGUUAUGUACUUGAAUUUUUUGUUCAAGUAACCCAUGAGCACAUUUUUUAACUGUACAUACAGAAAAUAUGUACUCAUUUGAAACUUACGUUGUCGGUGACCAUCGUGCAUCCAUACAUCAGUAGGCAGAUCCACAUGGAUAUUAUUUAGUUUAAGCUUCAAGUCUCCUCUGAUCCUUGAUUACAUUAUACACAAGCUGUUCUCAUCAUUAGACAUUCAUGGGUAGGGUUGCCACCUCAAUUUAAAAAGAAUACAGAAUGCAGUAAAGUUGGAGCAGUGACGGCAAGUGAAGAGACCUACCUACCUAUCAGCAGGGCUUGAAGUUAAGUUCUUCCAUAAGUACCCAGUAUUUGGAGUAAUUUAAGGUUACCUGGACUAAAUGCAAGGAUAUACUCGUAUUUCAGAACAUAAUUAUCAUUUGAGUUCUCAGUAAUAUAUUACUGAAGCCAUGAAUAAUCAGUUUCUAAUUCAUGUCGAUAUUUCUGAAGGCUCUUGUGCUUCUUCACCUUUGGAGGGGGAAGAGGGUGGAGAGAACCUGAAGAAAUAGCCAUUGCUCAGCAUUACCUAGCAGAGCUGAGACCUGGCAAUGCAGCAGCACUUUCCACCUCUACUUAGACAGGCUGACAGCCAUUGACGGUGGAGGUGGAAGGAGAGACGACACAACACGUACCGAUCACUUAUCACACGACAACCCCAAACAAACUCAUAUUUUUUUGUGAUCUGUUUAUAUGUUUGACUCAAUAUUUGGUCAUGAUGAUUUUGAAUUAAUGAUUUCAUUUGCUCAUUCAUUCAUACAACCAAAUAUGGAAAAAAUGGCAUUCCUUAUUGGCUCAAAAUGGAACACAACAUUUCACUCUUCAAUACGGAAUGAUUCUGUAUUUUAAGGGACAGGGUCACCUUAUUCAUGGGCCUCACUUGCUGUCCAAGACAAGUAUGCAUACAAAUACAUACUGUGUGUCCUGGCAUAGUGUGUGGUGUGAUCAGUCACUGAGCACCUUUCCCUACCCCUCACCAUGCCCUGUGCCUCUGUGAUGUGCGCUGCAAGUCCUGCCUUUUGGUGAGCUUAUGGUGCUACUGAGAAAACUCUUACCUGGUAUAAGCCUGAGUGAUGAAAAUGCAAAACUGUGUGUGUCAGUUUUUUUUACCUGAGGAUUAGCACUUUUUAAUGCUGUUAGAAUAGUUCACCAGUUUUCAAUUCUUUUCAUGCAUUCCUUAUACCAGAUUAGAGUUUUCCCAUUGGUACAUUAGUCCGCUGCUGAGGGUACCUGGCUGAGGCCUUGCUGGUGCUGUACUGGGAAAGAACACUGAAGAUUUACCUGUUAUGAUACCAAAGAAAAAAAAUGUAUGGAAAAAUUGGCUGAGAAGAAUAACUUUGGAUCUAAGAAAAUUAAGUAUUGUGAUUGAUUUGCAUUAGAUAAUCAGUGAGUGAGCCAACUAUAUAAUUAUGUACUUACUAUAUACCUUCAGUGUUGGAGUAUGGCAUCACAGCUGAAGAAACGGUCACUCUAUUAAUGAAGGAGGAACACAGUGAAGUAGGACAGUGUAAGAAUACACAAGAGGAAGGGGAAGGAGGAGAGUGAGAGGAUUAGAAAAUGUGAGAAAAGAAUAUGUGGGCAGAAAUAGAUAGAGUUCAGUAAUGACCAAUCCCUGGAUGGAGGUCUUAGGACAGGCAUUAGGCAUAGGUAGGUAGGUGGUAGAAUGACAUGAAUGAUAUUUAUGAAUGGGACUGAUGCAAAUGAAUGGCAUGGUGUUUUUCAUCCUGCCUUUCUUUUCCAGUUAAUUUUCUAUUUUAGUUCACUGAAUUAUAGCUGUUUUUAUUAUUUAUUCAGUUCCAGUGUUUCAUCACUUUGUAUACAUACUGAUUGUUGUAGUUAUAAUUUUGUACGUAUAGUGUCUUUUUUUAAGUUUGUGUGGUUUACAUUGCAGUGCACUAUGCCAGUCAGCUGAGAAAAGUCUAAUCUCCCUUAUUUGUACAUCAUUCACUAGCUGCCAGAGGAGCUUGUAUAUAAAUGCUGUUCAUCAUCACCCAAAAAUCACUCAUUGUAUUGUUUUAUUAUUCUAAAUUCAUGUAUAUAACUUGUUUAGUAAAAAUUUACUUCCAUAAAGAGAUACUGUAGCAUUGUCAAAUAAACUGAUGGAAUGAGAACACAA